AUGGCGGCGAUGUUAAUCGGAAGAGCUCUUAAAUCAGCUAAAUACUCCCAUUUGGUCGUUCGUGCUCGACCCUUCUGUACAACAUCUGCCGCUCUUCAACCCGAUUCCGAUGGUCAGUCAUCGGAAUCUUCUUCGUCGUCUUCGUUCACUUUCGACAAGGAGAACGAGAAACCCAUCUUAGUGAAAGCUCCGAACGCACGACGGAACAACGAUUCGGACUCUGUGUCGAUGCCGACUUCUUCCAUGACGGGUUCGAUCGUUGGGAAGAGAUUCUACAAGAAAGUGACGACGAGAGAAGCAGACGAUGGCAAUGGAUGGACUGUGAUGCUCGAUUACAGAACCCUUAAAACCCCUUCGAAGAGACCUCUCAAGCUUCGUUCUUUGGCACUCGCUAAGGCCAUUGGAGCUGAAUGGGAGUAUCAGCUAGAAGAAGGAAUCAGACCAUUCACAAUGCCGCUCAUGAAACUAGCAUGUACUGCACUCGAGAGAGUUCCUCUUACACGUUCGAAGAUCAUCGAACGUCUAUUGAGAAAGAUACAUCAAGAUCUCGUCUUUUUCCGAGCCCCUCAAGAUAAUGAUCUAACUAGUGACGUCCAUGAGGUUCAAGUGGAGAGUAUUGAUCCUCUUCUUGAGUGGGUCGAAUCAGAGUUUGGGAUCAAACCGAAAGUGUAUUCGAGCAUCUUCGGAGGGAAACAAGAUGAGAAGCUGGUGAAAGCAGUAGAAGAUCUUCUCAAGAAGACCAACGAUGGUGAACUCGCGAGCAUCGACGCGCUCGAAGCAUCAGCUCACUCGGUAGUAAUCGCUCUUGGCAUCUUCUGUGGGAAACUGGAGAUCGAUGAUGCAAUCAAGUUGAUUAGGCUCGAAGAAGAUUUACAGGUGGACAAAUGGGGACUUGUAGAAGGCGGGCACGAUAUUGAUAUUGCUGAUCUCAAAGUUCAGAUCUCUGCAGCUACUGUGUUUCUUGCUCUUUCCCGUGAAAACUGA